GAGAUCAGCAAAAUCUCGAAGCAGAAGUCCAUAUUCAUCAAGGCACUCGAGGUCUCGUAGCAGACACAGGUUGUCUAGAUCCAGAAGUCGUCAUUCAAGUAUUUCUCCUAGUACAUUGACUCUGAAGAGUAGCCUGGCUGCUGAGCUGAACAAAAACAAAAAAGCAAGAGCUGCUGAGGCAGCCAAAGCCAGUGCAAAAGCUUCCAAUACUUCAACACCAACUAAGGGAAACACUGACACUGCUAAACCUACAGCAGCAAAAGAGAAUAAAUUAACUGUUGUAAAACAGCCACCGGUCGCUGUAAAAGAGAAAAGCAAACCAAGUACACCAAGUGUAGUAACCAAGGAGAAGGACCGAAUUGUUGCACUACCAACCUCCACACUGCCACCCUUGCCUUUGCCUCCCACGCUGCCUGAAGAUAAAGAAACUGAUAGCUUGCGAGAGAAUCUUUCAGUGAAGUCAGUUAAAGAAGCAGAGAAGAAACUUCGCCAUCUGCUUGCAGACUUGCCACUUCCACCUGAGUUGCCUGGAGGAGCUGACUUAUCUAAAAGUCCUGAAGAAAAGAAACCAGCAGUUCAGUUACACAGCAAGAGAAGACCAAAAAUAUGUGGACCACGACAUGGUGAAACAAAAGAAAAAGAAAUAGACUGGGGAAAGCGCUGUGUGGAUAAAUUUGAUAUCAUUGGUAUUAUUGGUGAAGGCACUUAUGGACAAGUUUACAAAGCCAGAGAUAAAGACACAGGGGAAAUGGUGGCACUAAAGAAAGUACGUCUGGAUAAUGAAAAGGAAGGGUUUCCAAUUACAGCUAUUCGGGAGAUUAAGAUUCUUCGACAGCUUAAUCACCAAAGCAUUAUCAACAUGAAAGAAAUAGUGACAGAUAAGGAAGAUGCUUUGGACUUCAAGAAGGACAAAGGUGCAUUUUACCUGGUAUUUGAAUAUAUGGACCAUGACUUGAUGGGACUGCUGGAAUCUGGUUUGGUUCAUUUUAAUGAAAAUCAUAUUAAAUCUUUUAUGAGACAGCUGAUGGAGGGCUUGGCGUACUGCCAUAAGAAGAACUUUUUGCACAGAGAUAUCAAAUGUUCAAAUAUUCUACUAAAUAAUAGAGGGCAGAUAAAGCUUGCAGAUUUUGGGCUUGCUCGGCUGUACAACUCUGAAGAAAGCCGACCAUAUACCAACAAAGUUAUUACAUUAUGGUAUCGGCCUCCUGAACUUCUGCUUGGAGAAGAAAGAUACACGCCAGCUAUCGAUGUCUGGAGCUGUGGCUGCAUCCUGGGUGAACUUUUUACAAAAAAGCCAAUAUUUCAAGCAAAUCAAGAACUUGCUCAACUGGAACUCAUAAGCCGAAUUUGUGGGAGUCCUUGUCCAGCAGUGUGGCCUGAUGUCAUAAAAUUAGCUUAUUUCAACACAAUGAAACCAAAGAAGCAGUAUCGUCGAAAACUGAGAGAAGAGUUUGCUUUCAUCCCACCAGCUGCAUUAGAUUUAUUUGAUUAUAUGCUUGCUCUGGAUCCCAGCAAGCGCUGCACAGCCGAACAAGCUCUUCAGUGUGAGUUUCUGCGAGAUGUGGAACCAUCUAAAAUGCCUCCUCCAGACCUUCCUUUGUGGCAGGAUUGCCAUGAGCUGUGGAGUAAGAAACGCAGAAGACAGAAGCAGAUGGGCAUGAGUGAUGACUCAACAGCAACUAAAGUCCCUAGGAAGGAUCUGUCUCUAGGCAUGGAUGAGAGCAGAACCAACACCCCACAAGGCAUGCAAACUUCUUCCCAACUCAAAACUCAGGGCAACUCUAGUGUAGCACUUGCAAAAACAAGCACUGGACAGCAGUUAAACCAGAAUGAAGUGGCAAUCCUGCUAAACCUGCUACAGUCUAAAACAAGUGUUAGUUUGGCACAGUUUGCCCAAGUGUUGAAUAUUAAGGUAAACCCAGAGACUCAACAGCAACUAAAUAAAAUAAAUCUUCCUGCUGGAAUUUUGUCAGCAGGUGAAAAACAGUCAGAACAGCAGCAGCAGCCGCCGCCACCUCCGCCACCACCACCGGAACAGGAGCCUCUAAAACAGCUGACCGUCACGCAGCCUCCUGUACCACCUGCUCAGCUGAGUCAGCCUAAAGUUGAGACUGAUGCUGCCCAGGCAGCUGUACAGAGUCAAGAGGAUUUGGUUAGGCAGUCCGAGAUGAGGCUUCUAAACCGAACACCUGAACAAGAACGCCCUCGGAUCUUGCCUCCAGACCAGCGUCCUCCAGAGCCACCGGAGCCUCCGCCUCUCACUGAUGAAGACCUUGAUUAUCGGACAGAGAACCAGCAUUUGCCUAUAACUAACUCUACAGGAACAGAUCCUCACGCAGGAGUGAAAGCAGCUCUUCUGCAGCUGCUUGCUCAGCAUCAAGCUCAGGCGACAACAGAGGAGCCAGUACAAACGAGCGUGGAUUAUCAGGCUAGAGACUCCUAUGUAACAGGCCCAGACUACAAGGAUAACUUUGGAUCAUCUUCUUUCUCAUCUGCCCACUAUGGCAGUAGCGAUGGAAUAGGAAGCGGAUCAUCAGGAGCAUUAGAAAGGAGGAGCUUCCUUGGAAACUCGGAUAUUCAGUCUUUGGAUAACUACAGUACUGCUUCAUCUCACUCUGGUGGUGCCCCUCCUCCGUCGGCCUUUUCAGAAUCUUUUCCCAGCUCAGUAACUGGCUAUGGAGACAUUUACCUCAACACUGGCCCCAUGCUAUUUAGUGGAGAUAAAGACCAUAGGUUUGAAUACAGCCAUGGUCCGAUCCCGGUUCUGGGGAGCAGCGGUGACGCUUCCGCAGGGCCAGAGAGUACGCACUCUUUGCCCACAAAGAUGCACAACUAUAGCUACGGAAGUAACUUACAGGAAAAUCCCAGUGGCAUCAGCCACAUGCAUGGACAGACUUGGACUUCUCCUGCCCAAGGACCCGGCUAUUCCCAAGGAUACAGGGGACACAUUAGCACAUCUGCAGUGAGAGGGCGAGGCAGAGGAUUACCAUAUUGA